UCUUCACCAAAAUUGUUGACAAAAGCCCCCCUUCAACAAGCAUCUAAUUGUUUCAUUUAGCAACCAUGCAUUCAAACUCAACCACCAUUAAAACUUCUUCGGACGGAGUUUGGCAAGGUGAUAAUCCUUUAAACUAUGCCUUCCCGUUGUUGAUAGUCCAAACCACCUUAGUCCUCUUUGUCAGUCGCUUCCUUGCCUUUCUCCUCAAACCUCUCCGCCAACCCAAAGUCAUUGCCGAAAUCAUAGGGGGAAUUUUGCUUGGACCCUCCGCACUAGGACGCAACAAGCAAUUCGUCCACCUAGUUUUCCCUUCAUGGAGCACUCCAAUACUGGAAUCGGUAGCAAGUAUUGGCCUCCUCUUCUUUCUCUUUCUUGUGGGUCUUGAACUCGAUUUAAGCUCCAUUCGCCACAGUGGCAAGCGAGCUUUCACAAUAGCACUUGCCGGAAUUUCCCUUCCAUUCCUCUUUGGAGCUGGAAUCACAUUCCUCCUCCGCAAAGCCAUCCACGGCGAAGACAUAGUUGGUUACGGCCAACUCCUUAUGUUCAUGGGUGUAGCUCUUUCCAUCACAGCCUUCCCAGUCCUAGCCCGCAUAUUGGCAGAACUCAAACUCUUAACAACUCAAGUAGGCGAAACUGCCAUGGCUGCUGCAGCCUUCAACGACGUAGCUGCAUGGAUUUUACUUGCGCCAACUGUGGCAAUAUCUGGAAGUGGACACAAGAGUCCCUUAGUAUUCAUUUGGAUUAUCAUCUCCAGUUUUGCCUUUGUUGCUUUCAUGUUGUUUCUAAUCCGACCAAUCAUGAACUGGGUCGCGAGAAAGUGUUCCUCGGAGCAUGAUUUUGUUAACGAAGCCUAUAUAUGUUUAACCUUAGUUGGGGUUAUGGCGUCUGGGUUUAUGACUGACCUUAUUGGUAUACAUGCAAUUUUUGGUGCAUUUGUUUUUGGAUUAACGAUUCCAAAAGGUGGUGAUUUUGCUGGGAGAGUGAUAAAGAGGAUUGAGGAUUUUGUGUCGGGUUUGCUUCUUCCACUUUACUUUGCUUCCAGUGGGUUGAAGACAGAUGUGGCUAAAAUAUAUGGGGCUGAGGCUUGGGGGCUUUUGGUGCUUGUGAUAUCCACAGCUUGUGCGGGAAAGAUUUUAGGAACAUUUCUGGUGGCCAUGCUCUGCAUGAUUCCUGUCAGGGAGUCCUUGGCGCUAGGUGUGCUAAUGAAUACUAAGGGCUUGGUGGAGCUUAUUGUUCUCAACAUUGGCAAGGAAAAAAAGGUUCUAAAUGACGAGAUUUUUGCUAUAUUAGUCCUCAUGGCACUAUUUACCACAUUCAUGACAACUCCAACAGUCAUGGCAAUAUACAAACCCUUGCGUGGAAUUUAUUCUCAAACUAAUCGCCGACUCCAGCGACAAUGGCCUCUCACAGAGAACUCACAAGAUGAGCUUCGAGUCCUUGCCUGUGUCCAUGGACCUGAGAAUGUUCCCUCACUCAUCAAUCUCGUGGAGUCAAUUCGUAACCCCAAAAGAUCCCCACUCAAACUCUAUGUCAUGCACCUUGUUGAACUGACUGAUCGCUCAUCCUCCAUCAUGAUGGUUCAACGUGCUAGAAAGAAUGGUUUUCCCUUCAUAAACCGCUUCUGCAGAGGUGCAAGUGCAACACCAGACCAAAUUGCUGCCGCCUUUGAGGCCUACGGCCAAGUCAACCGUGUCAAUAUUCGUCACUCAAUAGCCAUCUCGGCAUUGUCCACGAUGCAAGAGGACAUUUGCCACAUAGCACAAGAAAAAAGGGUGGCGAUGAUCGUAUUGCCUUUCCACAAACAUUGGAGAGGAGAGGGUGAAGAGGCUAUAGAGAAUGUAAACAAUGGCUGGAGAAUGGUCAAUCAGAGUGUGCUAAAGAGGGCACCAUGCUCAGUGGCAGUGUUUGUGGACCGUGGAUUCGGUGGUGGGUUAAAGCAGGAGGCAGAACCCAGUUCCCCAACACUGAAAAGAGUUUGCAUUUUGUUCUUUGGCGGAUCUGAUGAUCGCGAGGCUCUAGAGUUGGGAGGAAGGAUGACAGAACAUCCAGCAGUUAGUCUAACCAUUCUGAGGUUUCUGGAAAAAGCUAAGGAUGAGAGUAUGAAGCAGAGUCAUAGCAGCUCAACUGUUCCAAUAAACGAUGAGAGAGAGAAGGAGAUAGAUGAGACUACAAUGGCCAUAUGGAGGUGUAAUCAAUCAGUUAAGUACGAAGAAAAGGUUGUGGACAACAUCACAGAAGAGGUGUUAAAAUUAGGCCAGAGUAGGGAGUAUGAGUUGGUUAUUGUGGGAAAGGGACAAUUCUCAUCAAGUAUGGGGGCAGAGUUGCCAGCGAAUCAGAUCGAGCAUGCUGAGUUGGGGCUCAUUGGAAACAUUUUAGCUUCAUCGGACUGUGGCAUAGUGCCCUCAGUCCUGGUCAUACAACAGGAUAAACAAUAUGCAGAUGAGACUGCUACUUCAAGGAUGGUCCAGGACAAGCUUGUAACAACAAUUGAUGCUUCAAUCACAAAUAAUGAACCGUCUGUGUGA